AGCGACCCAAACAAAGGCUGAGGAGAAGGAGAGGAUUCAGUGUGUGUUACUUUUCAACAACAUGCAAAACAGAAUUGGGAUUUUGUAUAUUGGUUGAAAAUAAGCAUGUAAGGAGCAUGAUUUUUUUUUAGAAUAUAGCGAACUUCAGCUGCAAUUAUACACUAUGGAUGAUAUUCAUAAAAAUGAUGCAGAGAAAAUUAUUAUAGAUGGAGAAGAGGAAUCUGAAUCCUUACUGAGCAAGAGAAAGCAAGAGCAAGGGAACAAGGUAACCAUAAGUCCCCCCUCGAAGAAGUCGAAGUUGGAAAAUGGGUCCUCAGAGGAAGGCCAAGAGGAGCGGGCACCAGAAGGAGGCGAUCCAUCCAGCCUAGUAAUACUAGAGGAUGACACAGUAGAUUUUAGAAAAGGCAGGCUUCUGGCAGAAUAUUCUUUGACUGAAGAUGAGGAGGAAAGAUCACUGGAUAGUAUUACAGGGGACUCAAUUGCCCAAAAUGUUGAAAAUGGGCAAGUCAUUGGGAACAUUACUACCCCUGAGAGACAAAAAGGAAGAGAAACGUCCCCACAGACAGAAAUAGAAGAAUUAGACCUCCCAGUAGAGCUUAAAAAAGGGGUAAGAAAAGCAGAUGGAGUAGAUAGGGUAGUAGAAACACUGCAUGAAGUAUCUUCCAGUGUAGAGAGAGACGAAAUUGCACCUCAGGAAGAAAGUGAAGUCCUCAGUAGGCAGUUCACGGGAGAGAGCAACAUCUCAAAGAACCUGUGUGAGGGAGCGGUUGAUGAGGGAGUGGCUCGUCCCCUUACCACCAAGGAGGAAGAGAAGCUUGGGCUUUCUGGCUUAUUUGAAGACAAGAACUUAGUAAACAGCUUGACCGAAGGGUUGGAUGGCAACAAGGAAGAAACUGGGCUUAACCAAGACAAUGCCAUUUGUGUAGAAACUCAUAACAAAGUAGACAUUGGUCCAGACCAGCCUGUCUGUGAAGAAACUGCCAAGCAGAAGAAAAAGAAAGGGAAGAGGAGGGAGAGGAAGAGAGCCACAGAAGGCACAGAGGCUGGAGCUCCCAGGAAAGACCUAAGGCCAAACUAUUUUGUCGGAGUGAAAAUUUCCAAUGCUGAAAUUCAUCAAGCAAUUGUCAAGAUUCAAGAAGACCUGAUAGCCUUCGAGCCAAAAUUUGCACGAGCACUUAUUGACGUGGCAACUUCCCACAUCACCCUCCUGGUCGCACAUAUUGACAACGAGGAGAAGCUGAGCUUAGCUAUAUCAGCUUUAGAUGAGUGCAAGAAAAAGCUAACUGAUUUCACUACAAAGCCAAUACAGUUGACAUUUUCCGGAGUGGGACACUUUUCAAACCAGGUAAGGAAAAAGGAUUACUGUGGUAAAUGGUAG